AUGUCAAAGCUGGAGAUCUACACCUUUGGCUCAGCUGCUGCCGAGUACCUCAGCCCGCUGGGGGAACAUAAGAAGGAACAGCCUCUCCACUCAGACUUCGUCGCCGAGCGCAAAGGCCCUCAUCUGGAGCACUUUGCCCAUGGCGACGAUCCAUUUGCCCAUAUGGGAGUCUUGCAUAGCGUGAAGGAGCACUUGGUUGGGCGAUUUUGCGGCGGUGUUUUCGUCAUCGAUUGCAAGGACGGCCACAGGAACCCGGCACGUUCUGCACCAAUGGCGUCCAUUGCUGACUACCUCAUGUGCUUGUUCCCGAACCAGCUCGGCGGCGGCGCUGAUCAUCAGAGUAUCCUGGAUAUGACCAUGACCAUCGACAGAGACGUUGCCGAGAAGCGAGAGUUUGCCGCCAUAGCUAACAACCCAUUCGCGACAGGCAUCAAAAAGGAUAGCAAGCGACUGAGUUGGACCGGAUUGGGCGCGACUGUUGGAGGCGCUAACGGUGUCAUGGACGGCAUAGUUGGCCUCGAGAUGGCCAGGAAAGGUUGCAAGGAUUGCGAUGGCCAUCGGGGUAGAGAGGUCAGUUGGUUAGUUCGCUACGUGAAUAUUGGUCAGUAUAUGGACAGCAAGGACAUAGCCAACGCUAUUGGAGUUGGCAUGGUGCAAUAA